GUGGAAUUACUGGUCAAAGGACGUUCAGAGUUGGGAGAAGUGGCUCCAGAAAUAAAAGCAUCUGAGAGACGAACAGCGGUGGCCAUUGCAGAUUUGGAAUGGAGAGACAUGGACCCAGAUGACUGUGAGUUUGGUUGUGGAGAUGGUACAAAUGAGGCCCAGGAUAGUGACUUCCCAGCAGUGGAGAGGAGCAGGCUGCAGGAAAUGCUGUCUCUUUUGGGGCUGGAGACCUACCAGGCCCAGAAGCUCAGCCUCCAGGACUCCCUGCAGAUCAGCAGUGACAGCAUGAAGAACUGGGCCCCUCAGGCUCCCAAGGACUUGCCCUGGAAUUUCCUCAGGAAGCUGCAGGCCCUCAACGCUGAAGCCAGGAACACCACCAUGGUGCUGGACGCGCCCCCAGACGCCAGGCCCGCGGAGAAGGAGAGCCAGAUGGAAGAGGAGAUCAUCUACUGGGACGCGGCUGACGACAUCUCCGCGGACAUCUAUUCCUUCUCUGAGCUGCCAACGCCCGACACACCUGUGAACCCCUUGGACCUCCUCUGUGCCCUUCUGCUGUCCUCGGACAGUUUCCUACAACAAGAAAUCAUGCACAGAAUGUCCCUCUGCCAGUUUGCACUCCCCCUCGUCCUACCCGACUCGGAGAACCACUACCACACGUUUCUGCUAUGGGCCCUGAGGGGCGUUGUGCGGACGUGGUGGGCGCAGCCCCCACGGGGGGUGGGCAGCCUCCGAGAAGACAGCGCGGUGCUGUCGCGGGCGCCCGCCUUCGCCUUCGUGCGCAUGGAAGUCAGCAGCAACUCCAAGUCCCAGCUCCUCAACGCCGUGCUCAGCCCAGGCCACAGGCCGCGGGACUGCUUCUGGCACCGCGAUCUGAACGUGGGCACCAACCCUCGGGAGAUCGCAGACGGGCUGGUGGAAGUCUCCUGGUUUCUUCCCAGCGGCAGGGAGGACCUGGACGUUUUCCCCGAGCCCGUGGCCUUUCUGAACCUGAGGGGCGACAUCGGGUCUCACUGGCUGCAGUUUAAGCUGUUGACCGAGGUGUCGUCUGCCGUGUUCAUCUUGACUGACAACAUCAGCAAGAAGGAGUACAAGCUUCUGUACCCCAUGAAGGGGUCAGCCACGAAAUACUACUUCAUCCUGAGCCCGUACCGCGGGAAGCGGAACACGAACCUGCGCUUCCUCAACAGGCUCAUCCCAGUGCUGAAGAUGGACCACUCGCACGUCCUGGUGAAGGUCAGCAGCACGGACAGCGCGGGCUUCGUGCGCAGGGUCCGCUCCAUUGUGGCUCACGUGGCCCGGUCCCCCUGCAGGAGGCUGUCUCUGGAGGAAAUGGCCCACGCGGCGCGCAAGCUGGGGCUGCGGGUGGACGAGGACUGCGCGGAGUGUCAGCGGGCCAAGGACCGGAUGGAGCGCAUCACCAGGAAAAUCAAAGACUCGGAUGCCUACCGCAGGGACGAGCUGAGGCUGCAGGGGGACCCAUGGAGGAAGGUGGCCCAGGUGGAGAAGGAGCUGUGCCAGGCCCAGUGGGCCGGAGACCCUCCGGACAAGGGCAGGGCCGAGCUGAGGCACCGGCUGCUGGAACUGCGGGCACAGCAGAACGGACACGAGCCUGCCGGGGGCGUGCAGGAGUUCAUCACGGGCAUCAGCGGCCCCUCCCUGGGCGAGAAGCAGUACUUCCUGAGGUGGAUGGAGUGGGGGCUGGCCCGGGUGGCCCCGCCGAGGCCGAGACAGCCUCCGGAGACCAUUCUCACUCUGAGACCGAAACACUGUGGGGUCGUGGACUUCAGCGAGCUGCUCUGGCCAGAGCCCCUGGGGGUGGAGCACUUCCUGCGGGAGAUGGGGCAGUUUUAUGAGGCAGAGAGCUGCCUCGUGGAGGCAGGGAAGCUGCCGGCCAGCCAGAGGCGCUUUGCCCACUUCCCAGGCUUGGCCUUGGAGCUGCUACUGAAGGGACUCCCCUUGGAGCUGAUCGACGGGAGCACGCUGAGCACACCCCUGCGCUGGGUCACGGGGCUCCUCAAGGAGCUGCAUGUGCGCCUGGAGCGGAGGUCGAGACUGGUGGUCCUGUCGGCGCUGGGUGUCCCGGGCACAGGCAAGUCCACGCUUCUCAACACCAUGUUUGGGCUGCGCUUUGCCACAGGGCGUGGGUGUGGGCCUCGAGGGGCCUUCAUGCAGCUCGUCACGGUGGCCGAGAGCUUCAGCCAGGACCUGGGCUGCGACCACAUCCUGGUGAUAGACUCUGGGAGCCUCAUAGGCGGGGCCCUGGCCUCGGCCGGGGAGAGGUUUGAGCUGGAGGCCUCCCUGGCCACGUUGCUCAUGGGGCUGAGCAACGUCACCGUGGUCAGUUUAGCCGAGACCAGGGACAUACCACCGGCCAUUCUGCACGCGUUUCUGAGGUUGGAAAAAACGGGGCACAUGCCCAACUAUCAGUUUGUGUACCAGAACCUUCAUGAGGCGUGUGUCCCCGGCCCCAGGCCGAGGGAGAGGAGGCCGCUCCUGGAGCCGCCCGGUGACGUGAGCAGAGCCGUGGCACAAAUGGAGAAACAGGGCGGCGGCAUCCGGACGCUGGCGGACCUGGCCUUCUGUGACCCCGAGAAGCAGCACAUCUGGCACAUCCCUGGCCUGUGGCACGGGGUGCCUCCCAUGGCCGCGGUGAGCUUAGGGUACAGCGAGGCCAUUUUUGAGUUAAAGAGAUGCCUGUUGGAAAACAUCAGGAAUGGCCUGUCCAACCAGAACAAAAACAUCCAGCAGCUCAUUGAGCUGGUCAGACGGCUCUGAGUGUCCAGAGGGUGGCCUGUUCCAGGGGCGGUGUCCUCCCGGGGCCGAGCCUGGCACCUGAGCGGGGCUGGCGGCUGACCGGUGUGAGAAGGGAGAAAAACGAAAGCCAGGGGGCCUGGGGUUUCCUGCCCAGUGUUGAGAAAGGAGGUGACCUUGCAGAC